AUGGCGGAAAGACUCCAACAAAUUGCUGGACAGCUGCGCCCGGCUCGAGAAUCUGCUACCCAGCAAGAUUCGAAAGACCCUUCAAGGAUCGACGGCUACGUCGUGCUAGUUACCGGAGGUGCACAAGGCAUCGGCAGAGCUACCGCAAACCUCCUGGCAACAAAAGGCGCCAAGAUUGUGAUAGCGGAUGUUAGUGAGGAAAAGUCCAGCGAGGCCGUCCGGGACCUUCGUGCCCACGGAUACGAGGCAGUGUCGAUCGUCGGGGACGCACUCGAAGAUGGCUUCGCCGAGAAGACCGUGAAAUAUGCGCUCGAUGCCUUGGGAAAAGUCAACUGUUUAAUCAACAAUGCUGGGUUCUGCUACGACGCUGCCAUCCACAAGAUGGACGACGAAAAAUUCGACGUUAUCAUGAAGAUCCACAACUAUGUUCCCUUUCGCAUGAUCCGCGCCCUGUCCGCACACUGGAUGGAUCCCGCCAACCGCGAUAUGCCAAAAGUGAUUGUGAACGUCUCAUCAACAUCUGGUCUACACGGACAAAUGGGUCAAAUCAAUUACGCCACGGCGAAGAUGGGUGUUGUUGGCCUCACUAAGACAGUGGCUUCCGAGUGGGCCCGAUACGGAGUCCGCUGCAAUGCGGUGGCGUAUGGUUGGAUGGAUACCAGGCUCACAAGACCGCCCACAGGCGAGGAGACUGUAGCCACUGGCGGCAAGGAGAUAGUCCUGGGGAUUAGUGCUAAGGCGAAGAAGUUUCGCGAUUUGUCUGAGAUACCUCUUGGGCGGUGUGGCACCGUGGACGAUGCGGCCGGAGUGAUGUUGUUUUUGGCAAAGAGUAGGUGCGACGCCUUGGAUGAGGUAGGAGAUCAGCGUCUCUCGGAGAUCAUUGCCAGAAAAAUGUAA